GCGGCACUGCCCGGGGCGGCGGCGGCGGGGCUGCGGAGCGGCGGAGCCCGCUGUCCCCUUCCGCCCCGCCGACAUGGCCGCGCUGCCGCUGCCCGCCCGGGGGGACCGGCGGAUCGGGGCGCUGCGCACACACGACCCGGACCCGGGGGAGCCGGAGCGAAAGCGAGCAUGCAAGCGGCUAGAAACCAUCCCCAGUGAGGCUGAGGCUCGUCUGCUUGGUUGUGCCAUGGAGCUGGAUUCCAAACAGAAAAUCUCCUCUGACUGUGGUCCUUGGGCUACAAAGGCAAAGCAGAAUUCAAUGGUUUUUGAAAACCAUGGAAGCAGAGGUACUGCCCAGCCUUGCCCAAGAUGUAUUGCUGGAGAAUCUGGACACUUCAAUCAUAUCCUGGGCUUCUAGAAAUGGAAAGACAGAAGAUCAGCAGUGCUGCUUUUUAGUCUGAGUUCUGAAGCUAGACCUGGGAACCUGUGCAGCUGGAUAUCUGUAUCCUCACUCACAGCAUGGACUUGUGUGGACACGUGUGUGGCAUUCAGCAUACAGCACUCCACUGUAUGUGUUUCUCUUUCAGUGCACAGUUAUGGAUAUCAUUGUUUUUACACUUGAAAGAAUGCUUCUGCUUUUAAGGUAGUUACUACAUGUUUUAAAAAAGAAAUUAAGGUUGAUUUAAAGUUUUAGAUUAGUUGGGUUGAUCUGGCCUUUGGAGCAGUUUCCACCUGGGACAAGGGUCACAAUCCAAGAGAUUUUCCUGUCUCUUUUGGGCACUCUCUCUGAUAAUCUUGGAAAACAGUCCUUGCAUUUACAUGCAUACAGGGCUUGCAGUUUUAGCUCAGCCCUGUAUGUGCAGGCAGAAAUGUCUUCAUCUUUAGAUGGCUGUUCUGCUUUGCAGCUGUGAAAGCCAGUAAAAAUCCUAUUGCAACUUAAGUUUAGAUCAAAAAUACACAUCCAGUUCAGGUAUCUUACACACUGUAGUUGUAGCUUGUUUAUAACAAACAGAGUUUGUGUAUGUGGCACGUAUCUAACAGGAAAAGGAGUAUUAUUUGGACUACCUCCUAUAGGAUGAGUGGUAGAUGAGCUAUGUGGAGUCCUCACAAAGCUGUUAAUAUACAAUCUGACACUCCUCAACUCUGUCUUUCCAGUUACAGUGAACAGAUCUGUUUAGAAAGUCUUGAACUUGUCAUCCAACAUACUUGUAUUGGCUUGUCACGGAUAAUUUCAUCUGUGUUUUACCAGUGUACAGGACUUCAUAAUGUUAUAUAGGAUCAGAUUUUUAGACUCAAAGGAUAGCCAAGCUGUGCUGUUUAGGUGACAUUUCAGUGGCUGCUCUGGUUUAGGUAGAAGGGUCAUAGAAUCUCAGACUGGUUUGAGUUGGAAGGGACCUUAAAGGUCAUCCAGCUCAGAAGAGAUUCCAAAAAGGGGUGUUGAAACAGCUUGGCUCAGUGGAAGAUUCACUGCCCUCAUUUCAGCCUGUCUCAAUUACCACUUUCACAUACUUGUCAAUAAAACACAUUAGAGAGAAAAGGAAUAGAACACACUUGGCAGUUACCAUCUCUGCUGCAUCAUAACAUGAUCUGUAGGGAAAAAGAGUAUUAAAACCCCAGGUUUUGACACGGAAAUGUGACACUUUUCUUCCUUAGCAGAGAUUUCUGUAAAACCCCUUCUGUAUCUUUUUAUUCCUUCAGAGCUGAGAAGUGUUUUAAUUUUUGCAUCCCAAACAUUUCAGUGUCCAGGAUGAUCUUCCCUGGUUAUUUAAUUGCAAAAGCACUGGCCUGGGUCAAGUGGGAACAUUAAGCUCAGUAGCUCAAGUUUUGGGCAGGCCCAGGGAAGAGUCCAAGAAAGAGGGCAAGCAUUGAAUGCAAAGACUUGGUACAAAUACAAAGCCAGUAUUUUAUAUCAGGUUGUGUUGUGGGCAUCCUUUCUUGCUUCAUAGCUAAUCCUCAAACAUCAAAUAUCUCAGGAAUGAUGGAAACAUCAGUAUUUUCCAACAGUAUUUUUGUUCUUUGCUAUGAUUUGUUGAUAUAAAGUAUGUUGGCUGUCAGGAGAGUGUUAAACUUGCCAAUGCUUAACAAAUAGAGCAAUGCCACCUUCAGCAGUUAAGCAGCAGUUCCUGUAUGACUAGAGUUCAAGUGGGUGGUUAUAUUCACACUUAAUUUGCACUGUGCAAGGAUGCUCUUCCUGGCAUCUGUCUGAAAUAGCAGCUCCCUCCUUUCUCUUUCUCUUGAGUUGGCUGAUGCCAUCAAAAAACCCCAGAAGAACCUUUGAGAGCUGCAACUGAGGCAGGAGGGUAAAUGUGGCGUAUGUUUUUAUUAGUGUUCUACGUUCCUCCCUGUUGCAGGAGGAAUGUCAAGUCCUAAGGAAAACUUGGAAGCCCAAACAAAAACUUGAACAGAUUUGUAGUUAGAUUUCUGGGAAUGCCACUGCUGCUAAGUGAAGUAUUCAGGGUAGGUGAACAUUUCAGUUAGAGUCUGUGUGAAGUACCCACAAGUGCAGUAGCUGCUCUUGUUCCUAAAGUAUGAACUGGCCUAUCCAGCAGACUGGGAAGAUGUUUGGCUGUUUAAAAGUACUGGGUUUAUCCUGAUUUGUUUCCCAAAUGAGAGUUCAUAUAUAUCUGGAUGAACUUUGAAGUGAAUCUUUCAGCUAGGAUGGGAUUCCUUACUCUACGCUCUCCGCUGGGGUGAGGAAUGCAGCCAUAAACCAGCCAGUACAGAAACAAGGUGUAGUUUAAUGGUUAAAUACACUUCAGGCUUAUGGUGGUAGUGGUAUGUUUUGCAAUAGACAUACUGUGUUGUAAUUAGCUUCAGGACAUGUCAGUCAAUCAUGAGCAACAGAUACAGGUGAACGCCCUGGGGACAGGGGAAGAGUUUCUUUAAAGUAGAUUUGUGUCAAAUCUGCACUAGAACCACAAAGUUAUUUUUGUAAGACUUUUCUUUACCUUGUAUCUAUGGAAUUAUGUUUUAUUGAUAAAGAUAAGACACUUUA